ACUCUCAGCACAGGAAGCCUAGUGCUCUGAAAAGUCAGAAGGAGGAACCUCUCCACCUUUUAGGAGUCAGACGAUCAGGAGCACUCACAGCUAGAGAAGAGGAGUGGGAAGGAGAGAGAGAAAACACUGACAUUGGCUGCUGAGUUUGCACUGGCAGGCAAGAAAUGCUCCCCAUGACCGCAGCUAGGUUGGCAGUGGGAUGGAUGGAGUGACGGAGCUGGCUGAGCCAUGAAAACAAGAGCCAACAUGGGAAUUGCUGGGAAGACUGUGUGUGUUUUUGUGCUGUUCACCAUCACCAAGGGCGUGAGAACAGUAGGUAAUGGGAUUUUAACUUCUUGGAGUCUUGGUGAAUCAAUGGUCUUGCCCUUCAAAGAACACAGAAAAAGACAUUCAGAGUACAAGAGAGUGUCAGCAACAGUAGGUAACAGCUCUGUGCUCACCUGCUCUCCCAAAUCAGAUAUGACUAUGGUAACAUGGAGAAUAAGCCCUGAGGCUGGCAGCCUCUGCAUCUUGGGAUACAGGACUGAUGAGAACAAGACAGAUAGAAUAAACUGCAGUGACAGCGUGGACUGGAAAUUUAGACCAGAUCAGGAUCUUGCCCUUGAGAUACGGCAAGUAGGAAUAGCUGAUGAGGGAAAUUACACCUGCGACGUGGCAUCACCAGAUGGGAAUUUCCCCAAGACGUACCACUUGACCGUGCUGGUUCCCCCCCGGCUGAUCCUGUCCUGUGAUGACCACGGGAACCCCGUGUGCAAGGCAGCGACAGGGAAGCCAGCUGCUCAGAUCUCAUGGGUCCUAGAGAGCAACUCCACCCCCAAGGAAGAAGGCCAUGCCAAUGGGACAGUGACUGUUCUCAGCAAGUUCACAGCAUAUAGCACCAGCAUGAUUAAUACGACCUGCAUUGUGUUCCAUCCAACUGGGAACCAGAGCAAGUCCGUAGUCUGUCAACUCCCAAAGAACAGCUUUAUCCUGCACGUCUCCAUCAUUUUUUGUAUCCUGAUCAUUAUCACCUUCCUAGCUGUUAUUUACUACAUUAAGCUCCACAGUGACAGAUUGUGCCAUAUAACCAAACCUCCUGAAACUAGUGUUACACAUUUUCCACAGGAUGACACAAUGGAAGUUGAACCUUAUACUACUUACGUGCAGAAGGAAAACAUAAUUUACAACUCAGUGUCUGAUCUGACAGUGGGGCAGAAUCUUCCACAAGGACUAUUCCAGCAAUAUGAAUGAUUCAACAACACUGGAAUCAAAGGGAGACACUUUAUAAAAGACUGGUUAUAGAAAAAAAAACUUCUCAGAGGAUUUCUUCAGGUUUUGGGGCAACAUAGCUCACUAGAUCUGUUCAAACACCAGUGCUUGCUGAUUAGUCUGUAUAGUUCUUUCCCCCCACCUGCCCAUUUUACCUUCUUCCUUGGGAAAGGAAACAGCUUUACUGUUAUUCUUUGGGACAAUGUGACUGACUGCAUGCCAUAGCUUUUCCUGGAAAUCUGUUGUGAGCUAUUCUUGCCUUGGAAAUCCUAGUUUUGCCAGUCACUCCUAGGGAUUAUGUUGAUGCACUUGACACUAUAUUGCACACAUUUGGGAGAUGGGUAGAGUGUUAGGUCUCAACCAAAAUGAAACACUCUUCCAGCAACAGCCACUUUUUUCUGAUUCACAAUUUACUAACGUAGUGGCCGGAGUAUCCACCAUCAAAUCAUAGCUAAAAUGGCUGAAGACGUUCAAUACUCCAGUUCUGAAAACAGAAACAAAUGAUGAAUCAGGGCAUCCACUAAGAAAGAGACUUCGCUAGCGUAGUUAAUUUACUUGUCAUGUUCACAUCCAGUGUUUCCACUUAAAUGUGUUCAUUCUGUAUUUAGAUUGUUGUUCUCAUCACUUUUCCAUAAGAUUCCAUAAGAUAUGAUAUUCCUCUCUUUGUUAAGAAUAUUGGCAUUAAGAUACUGCAAAAGAAUUACGUUACUCAAAUCUGGUAAGCUACUUUUAACAGAUACAAACAUCAAAUAUUUCACAAAAUGAAAAAAGUUCAAAUAUAUCUUUUAUAACUGUGCAAUAAUGGACAAAAAAAGAUAAAAUGCUUGCUAAUUCUAGUCAUAUUUAUUAUAACUGCUACAACUGAAGAUAUUUUUCAUUCGUAUCUAGAUCUUUUAUUGAUAUUCUUUUAAAUAUACUUGCAAGUUCACUUUUUUGUAUGUCAGCCUAUAUGUCUUAAUGUGUCUCAUGCUGAGGUGAAUUCUUCUCACCUUCCCAAAAGAUUCUUUGGGAAUAAGUCAAAUAAAUUGUCCUCUAAAUACUAGCAGUUCUCAAACUUUUUUUCAUAGAAUCAUAGAAUCCCUAGGUUGGAAAAGAUCAUUGAGAUCAUCAGGUCCAACCUUACCUGUCCACUACUAAACCACAUGCCUGAGCACUUCAUCUACCCAUCUUUUAAAUACCUCCAGGCUAAUCAACUGAGUCAGAAUUCUCUGAAAUUCCACACUUAAAAUAGGUAUAAUAGUGUCCAAUAACCUUUCUUCCCACCUAAAACACAGUGCCAUCGCUUCUUCUGUGGACUGGGAAAUCAUUUAUGUUGUUCGGUGUCCAUAAAACUGGGGUUCAUCCUAUGAGACAGCAGCUCUUAAAGGUAGAUUCUUGCCAGUUUAUAUGUAAUGUUUUGUAUUUACAGAAGUAUAAUACCUGCUAACCUGCUGUCUAGCUGUGGGGUUUUAUGAUCUUUUAUAGUCUCAUUAAACUGGACUAAAUCAUGUGUGUUCCAGACCUGCAUGUUACUAAGCUUCUAACUGGUUGGUGAUUUCUUUUGUCCUCUACUUUAUUCCACAUUCAAGCCUGCUAUGGGCCGAAAACAAUAUUUCAGUUUGUAGCUGUGAUUAAUAAUAUGAGCGAAGAGUCUUACGUAUGCAUACAUAUGCAAAUAUUCUCUAUGUACCUAGCAUCACAGAAGGUCUAGAGCAGAAAGCCCCUUCCUGUGCUCCUCUUUCUGCAUCAGGGUACUUGCUACUUCUCUUUGUAAUGUGCUGCUGUUGUGCUGCAUUUAGCCUCCAUGCAAAAGUGCUGUGUUGACUGUCUCUCAGUGGCCGUGCAAGCCUGCUCUCUGAACUCCCUAGCAUGUUGCAAAGUCACAGGAAGAAAGUCAGCAGCUUUUCAGCGCCUCCCAUAAAGGCUUUGACUUUGACCACAUUUACCAAUGUUAUCUUACUGCAGCAUUUAACUUUGCUAAAUGUGUAUCUCCCACCAUUACUGCUAUAUUUUAUCUUCACACACACAUUCCAGUCUCCUGACAGUUUACAACUGCCAUUCCUGCUCUAAUCAGGCAGUUAAUAAUCAUGGUUAUCAUAUGGCUGUAGACUCCUGAGCACGGAGCUCAGAUGCUCAGCAAGUCAGCAGAUUCUGUGCUGUUGUGCACCCACAGAGCAGCUGCUUGCUGAAGUGCCGCAGGCCUUCUUCAGACUAUGGGCUUAUUCUUUAUUCAUUGCCCUUUAAAGUAACAUGCAAGUUUGCUAAAUUGCAAAAUUUAGCAGAAAGUUCAUUAUAUCGUCUCUUACCUGCUUCAGACAGCUUGCCGAACAACAUAAUUCAUUAAAAGUGGUGUUAUAGAUAUUAAUCUGUCUUUGUGUCCCAACAGUGUUUUGGGACUUACAGCUAUGAUUUCUUCCAAGUAUCACCUACUCCUAAUUGUGGUUUACUAUAAAACCUACAAUCCAAUUUGUAAUCAUCAUAAACCUUCUGGUUCAGUGUGUGACUGCUCUGUAGUUAUACCCAGCUUACUUUCAGUUAUGAAUUAAAAUGACUGCCUGAUCUUCUCUUUUCAUCCUACUGACAAUGGAAAUUUAAGUUUUCAGAUUAGAGCUGGAUGAGUUGCACAUGAACAUUCACAUAGCCACCUACCUUAAGAUGUAGCAGGGACAUCCUCAUACAAAUCUAGAGAAUGAGGGUAUUAGAAAGAGAAUGCUAAAUAAAUGGGUUUUUUUACAAAAAAACAAACCAAACAUGUAUUAAAAGAAGUUUUAAAAAAUCUGAAGUUUUUAUAAGCAGAGUAAAAUCUGACUCAUAUUUAACUGUCAGGGAAAGAAAAGUGCAAUGCAUUUAGUCAUAACUAGAAAGCAAGUUCAAAAAAUACAUUUGCACAGAAAUAAGCUACGCAGUCAGAACAAAACCUGUUCUCAGAAAGUACUAAGCAAAGAAUUUUCACUAAUGAAUGUAUUUCACCAGUGAAUUUGUAAGAAAGGCUUCCAUAGCCUAACCUGUUCUCCCUUUCAUUCACUUUAGAGAAGCCAUUUAUCUCUGACAGACUAAAUAUGCCAGCUGUCUUUGAUCACAUUAAGUUUAGAAAUAUUUACCCUUGUGCUUUUUGUCAUUUACCUCAGAUGGGAUGCUCCUCAAUUAGGAAAUUUCAUAAAUAUCCAGAAAGGUACCCCAUUAUUUUUCUUCUAUAUCUUCGCUUAACCUCCUCAAUGACAUCUGUUCAAUAAAAAUGAUGGGUUUUAGGGUGUGGGAGUACU